AUGGGUAAAGCGGUAUUGCGGGCUCUGACCGGAGCGCUGCUCUGUGGCCUUGUAUCAGAUGCGGCUUAUUUAGAAAGAUACGAACCCUAUCCCUUCCAGUAUGAACCACGGAUUGUAUACAAGAAGCCACUAAGAGAGCAUGAGAAGCCACAAGACCUCCGCAAUGUGCCAGGCACACCCGGUGUGGACUACCCUAUAUACCAUGCUGUGCCAGAAACUCACUUCUCCUGUGCCCACGUGCCAAUCCAUCCUGGCAUGUAUGCCAAUGUUGAAACUGGAUGCCAAGCUUAUCACGUUUGCCACGAUGGCCGCGAAGGUCACCAGGGCGCCUCCUUCCUUUGCACUAAUGGAACGCUCUUCGAUCAGGCCAAAUUCGCUUGCGAUUGGUGGUACAACGUCGACUGCUCAAAAGCUAUAGAGCACUACAAAUUGAACGCUGAUCCAUUAAAGAACCCAUACGUGCCGAAGCCAAAAAAAGAAGAAAUAGAAGAAGCCCCACAUGGAAUUUUCUAUAGAAAGAUACACGCU